UCAGCUGUUGUUUUCAGGUUCAACUUCUUUUCCUUUAUUUACCUUGUGUGCCUGUUAAUUAAUCCACUUCUUUCUGGUCCUUCUCCUCGAUACUUGAAAUCAGUUGUAGCAUUCAGCAUUAUAUUUUGUUUAUGCCAUGUAAUCUUUCAAGCUGUCAUGCUGAGUAUUGGAAAUUAUGGUUCUUUCUUAAAUUAUUGUGAAUGGAAAGGCAGAUUAUUUGCUGUGUUUGGUUUUCAUCGUUUAGACAAAGUUAAAGCCCUAGAUGCUGUGCGAUUAAUUGGAUUAGACUUUCUUGUGUUAUUUUCAUCUGUAGCUGUAUUUAUUUCCUGUGAAAAACUUCAAAAUGCUCAACAAUCACCAGAAACUCAAGAACUUGCUGAUGGUGAUGUAAGUAGAAAGCCAGUAAGACGGCGUAAAAAGAGAAGAUCAGAAGUGUUGUAUUGGACAGGAGAAGCAUUUGUUUUAUUCUUUUUAGCUAGUGCAGGUAUCAUGCACCCUUCAUUGACAUCUGCAGUUUAUUUUUUGACUUUUCUAAUUGUUUGCACAUGGCUUUCAUGUUAUAAAAAAAUUGGUAGAAAAUAUCUCCAAACAAAAAUUCCACUUUUAAUCUAUUGUGCUAUUCAUUUUGUCAUUCUGUAUUUAUAUCAAGUUGAUUAUGUACAAGAAUUUCUUCCACCAGAGAGUUUAACAGCAAGAUUACUUGGUCUUCCUGAGUUUGUGGAACAAAACUGUACUAAUGAUGCACGAACAUUAGUCUUCCAUACACAAGCUUGGACAGUUUAUGCAAGUCCUUUUUUUAUUCUUGGUCUUUAUUGUUUAUUAUCCUUGAUAAUAAGGAAGCAGUUGAUUUCACCAGCUGUUGACGAAUCAAAAUAUGAACCUUGCAUGUCACGAGUGGAUUCAAAGCAAAGUUCUCAGCAUUCUCAGGGAAGUGUUCGGCGGAGAAAGCAAUCUAGGAGAAUGACAAGAGGCCAGCAAGAAGAAAGAGCAAGAGUAGGUAGAACUUCUUCUGUAAGAAAAGCAGAUGAAUAUGACCUCUAUUACAAGUCAUUUGAAACUACUCCACUUUUGGAUGAAGAUCACACAGGACGCUCCUAUCGCACAAUUGAUUGCAGUGAUGCAGCAGCUAAAGAAACAUUAGCAGUGGAUCCAAAUGGGAGUAUUAUUUGGACUAGUGAGAGUGAUAUGCCAGAAGGAUUAGCCGAGCACACUGAUGAAGAAAAGAUCAUUACUAAAGGGUUUGGUUCUAAGUUAAAGAAGGUGUUUGCUCCUAUUUUAUCAGCUCUGAAACUGAUAGCAAGGGGAAGCUAUGUGGCUACAUUAAUUGUCAUGAUGACUUGGAGCAUAACAUAUCACAGCUGGUUAACAUUUGUUCUUCUUCUCUGGUCAUGCAUUCUUUGGAUGUGUCCCAAUUCUCGAUAUGCUUGCUUGCGAUCAUCUCCUGCUCUAGUAGUAUAUGCCGAAGCACUUUUACUUUUACAAUAUAUUUUUGGGCUCAAUUUGAAUGAUGAUGAACUGCCCACUUUCAGCAAAAAUGUAGCACAAAUUGGCUUAGUAAAGUAUGGAGACUUGACUUAUCAACCUCUUGCAAUCAAGAUGUUAUAUACUGUUAUGUUUUGGAUCACAAUGCGGCAGUAUUUUGAAGAAAGGCAACAGUCAAAUCAAAGAGAUAUUGCUGAAGGUUUGAUGCUGGAACCUUUUAACAUUUCUUAUAACACUGCCAAUCCUGCCUGUCCUAGGCCAUCCAUAAAGAGACAUUUUAGUAUUGUUCCCUCUACAACGUCUCCUAAUCCUUAUAUUCGUCUUAUUGCUGAAACAGUUUCUAAUUUAUUAACUAAAUAUUGGAUAUGGGUUGUAGCAACUAUGCUGAUGGUUAUCUCACUUGGUGGACAAGUAGUUGUCGUCUAUCGCAUAGUUUAUAUGUUUCUGUUUUUAUUCUUUAUUCUAAUGUUUCAAUUUUCAUACCAAUUUUGGAGACGAAUCAUGUAUAGCUUCUGGUUGACAGUUAUUGUAUUUUCUAUGCUUGUUCUCAUUCUUAUUUACACAUAUCAGUUUGAAGACUUUGAUAAUUAUUGGGAAAAGUAUCUUCAUGUGCCUAAAAGUUUGCAGCGAGAUUUGGGAUUAGAGUUAUAUGAUUCUGAUACUGGAACUUUAUUUCUUAAAUUGCUGACACCAACAUUUUUCCUAAUUAUUACAAUAAUUCAGUUGCAUUACUUCCAUAAAGAUUUCCUUCUCAUAAGUGAUAUUAACUACAGAUCCAGUGAAAAUAUUGCUGAUACUACUCAACUCACAACAGCAACUGAUAUUCCUAAUGAUAGUGGGGCAACUCACAUUACAAUAGAACCUGAAACAGCUCCUGAACGUCCUAAAAACCUUGAUAUUACUCCUGAAAAGGAAAUGCCUGCUUUGCCAAGUUCUGAAGCUCAAACUCCUUCUUCUCCAAAGAAAGAUGAUAUUGAUAGCAAUAGAGCAGAAAGAGAAUUCAGAGCAGUGAAAGUUUGUUUGAAUAAUAUAUUUCAUGAAGUCCAGGUUGUAUUCACUUACAUAUCGGAAAUUUUAUGGCGUGUUCUAGAAAUUCAUAUUGUAAAAAUUGUGCUUCUCUCUACAUUUUGCUUAGCUGCAUAUGAUGUUUGCGCAAUUCAUUUUGCUUUUGUGGUAUUUGUCGUCAUUUCAUUGCCUAUCAAAUCUCUGCAGAGUUUCUUCUGUCAUUGUUGCUCUGUCUGGGCAGCAGUUCUUUUAUUAUCAAAGAUGAUAUAUCAGCUGAAUAUUGUGGACUAUUUAAACUGGCAGAUAAAUUGCACGAAUGUGGCUUUUACAAAUUCAUCAAAUUUGCCAUAUCCUUUUAAUACCACAAUUGAUAACCAUGACUGGAUAGGAUUCAAGAGGACUCAUUAUUUGGCUGAUUACUGUAAGGGUUACAUUGCUUUAAUACUUGUUUUAACCGUCCAAGCUGUUGUGAAAAUAAGACAAGAAGUUAAUCGUAUCCAUUUGAAUGAACCAGAACCCAAGACCGGUGUUAUAUUUACAAAUGCCACCAGGGCCACUGCAGAUGAUAAUUUGUUGGAGUGUCUUAAAUACUUAGCUAAUUACUUUUUCUACAAAUUUGGAUUAGAGUUUUGUUUUGUCACCAUUGUUGCCUGCAUUGGAGUUAGACUAGACGUUUUUGCUUUCUUAUCUGCAGUGUGGUUAUCUUCCAUGUUCUUACUGAAGAGGAAAACUUUGGCUAAAGUGUGGCCAUUUUAUGUUUCUUACCAGUGCAUUGUUCUCACCAUCCAAUAUUUGAUUUGCUUAGGCUUACCUCCUGGACUUUGCAUGGAGUACCCAUGGACAGAAGCAUUGGUAGAAGGUUUGAGAGAGUGGCUUUUCCUUCCUGACUUUCAGAGUCCACCAAAUGCCACAAAAAUUGUUGCUGACUUUUUCCAACUACUAUUUGCAUGUUGUCAGUUAUUUGUGUUUCAAAUUGAAACAUCACCAAUUUCAGAAUUAUAUGAGGGUGGUAAUAAUAAAGAAAUAAAUUUUGAUGUACCUGAACCCAAUCCAAUUCCUGAUUUUGUCACUUGUACCAAGACCUGCCUUGACAUGUUGAAAGUUUUCAUAUUUUAUGCAUUCUACUGGAUAUCUUUGGCAGUUGUUUUUCAAGCAGGAACCAGCAGAAUAAAUCUGUUUGCUAUGGGUUAUGUUGUAAGCUGUUUCUAUUUCUUGUGGAAUGGGAAUGAGUUCUAUUUGAAAUCUAGACCAGUAUUAUUAAGAAUGUGGAACAUUCUGCUUGCGUAUAAUGUUGCUGUGAUUUUACUUAGUUGUGUUCUACAAUUGAUUGGAUGUACAUAUUUUGAAAUACUUCGAGAAAAGCAGUGUUGGCUUGUGCAACUUCUUGGCAUUGCUUGUCAACGUAAACUGAAAGGUGGAGCUGAUCCUAAUGAUGAAAUUUGUCAGUUUGAGUCAGAUCCUGGACUGAUCUAUGAUAUCAUCUGUUUUGCCUUCCUUCUACUUCAAAGGCGUUUGUUUUCUAGUUAUUACUUUCAACAUGUUGUAAAUGAAGUUAAAGCUCAGCAAGUUUUGUCAUCAAGAGGUGCUGAAUUAAUACAUGAAAUUCAGAUGAAAGAAGUUCAGGAGCAGCAAGCAAAUGAAAAAGAAAUUAUGGAACGUAUUAAAAAGAAAAUGGACCGCAUUCGUGCUUAUCAACAAAAAAUUCGGGGUGGUGAAAACAUGGAACCGGAAACUCAUUUUCAAGCUACCGAUUUCUGUUCUUACUCAACCCCAAUGUAUUCUGAUGCUACUACUCCACGGACCACUGCACCAGAAGAUAGAAAUCCUGACACAGUAACCACGCCCCCACAGCGUCCUAUAUCCCCUGGUUCUGCUUUUUACACUCCAUCACUAGAUGCUUACAUGGAACCUAAACUUAAUGUUGGCCAUUCACACACUCAUCAUCGAGCACAAUCUCCAAUUGAGGAAGACUCAUACCCUGUUUUUUCUCCUCCACCUUACCCUGCUGCAUUGGAGGCUCUGCAAUAUUUGCCAGAAUAUCUUCUGCACUGUGGUUACAGCUCGCAGCUGUUGGCAAGGUGUUAUCCAAAUUUGCUGCGCUUUCGUCGCUCCCGCUCUUCAUCUGCUCCCUCAACGCAUCAUGCAUCUAUUCGAUCUGGGGACUAUUACAUGUUCGAUGACUUCUCAGAUGAUGAUAUAGAUCUAGAGUUAUCAGCAAGACAUAAACGUGGAGAUGAGGAUGAUGAAGAUUCUGCAGAAGUUAAGGAAAAAGGUCUCAAUGCUCUGUUAAGCAAAACUAUUAGAGGAAACCUUAAAUUAGUGGAUGAGCCUAGAAAAGAAUCUGGAGAAGUGGAUGAUAUUGAAGAUUCAAGUCAACAAUCUGCCAUUGUCAGUGCUGAUCGAGACGGUGUAGCUUCAUCUUCGCAGAAAACUUCUCACAAGUCUCCAGACCCUCUAACUAUUACAAGUAGUGGUCCUACUAUGAGUCUCUCUCUGCCUAGUUCAGCCUCCUCAACAUCAGCGUCUUCUCCCAAAGAAGAUACAAUUGCUCCUGUAAGCCCACAAGAUGUUAAGCUAUUAGAAGAGGAUGAUAUCAAAGAAGAGACAUUUGUUGAAAAAAUAAAAAGAUGGUAUGCUUUCUUCUGUGAAUUUAUGAAUAGUGUUCUUAUCAGUACGACUGCAAAGCUGAAUGCAGUUUCAAAAGAUUAUCGUUUUGUUGCCAGACAGCUGUCUAAAGAGAAAAAAUUAUUGAAAGAACGGUUUAUUCAUAAUGGAUCAUUUGAUAUGGAUGAAGCAGAAUCUGAAAUGAAAAGCAGAGAAGUUGAAACUCUUCCUGGAUCUUCUAAAGAUUUGAAACAAGUUGCAGUUGUUAUGAAGAAAACUAAUCUAGAUUUCUUAGAAAGUUGUGAACUGAUAUCAUCUCAGGAUGCCUUGGAAAAAGGAUCAAAAAAGCAACAUUCGGCAUUUGUUCGCUUUCUUGUUGCAUUGUAUUAUGCUGCAAUAUCUCGAUCCGAACUCCUAUGUUACAUGGUGAUCAUAGUGAAUCAAAUGAAAUCUGCUAGCAUCCUUUCCCUGCCUUUACCUCUUUUUGCAUUUUUGUGGGGUACUUUGUCGGUUCCAAGACCUACUAAAGCAUUCUGGAUCACUAUCAUUACCUAUACUGAGGCUAUUGUUGUCUUGAAGUAUUUGUUCCAGUUUUACUUCUUUCCAUGGAAUAAUUCAGAACCUCCUCCAAAUAACCCAUUUUAUCCUACUGUAAUAUUAGGAAUACGAAAAGAUGACAAUUAUGCUGGAUAUGAUUUAGCUGUUCUCUUAGUUGUCUUUUUCCAUAGAUUUAUGCUUAAGAGUCUUGGUCUCUGGAAAGAUACAGAAAAAAGUUUAAUCAUACCAAAAGUUGAAACACCAUCUGCACCACCUGAGAAAGUAGUAAUGAAUGGAAAAGAUGGAGAACUAGUUAAGAAACUUACUAAUAUACCAGAAAUAAGUAAGGAUGUACUACAAAGUGGUGAUGAUAAACUGAUUGAUAGUGCAGAUGAAUGUUCUGAUGAUGCCAGUAGCGAAUCUUCGUUCUAUGAAGAUUUUCAGAGAGUGGAUAUUAACAAAAUUGUAGGAACGGUGGUUGACCCCGUCAAAAUGUUUUUUUAUCAUCUACUUUAUCCUGAAUACCGUGUCACUGUAGAUGUAUAUGCUUUUAUGUUUUUCUGUGAUUUCAUCAAUUUUUUCAUUGUUGUAUUUGGCUACUGGGCUUUUGGGACUGAAGGAUCAGAAGCUGUAACAUCUUAUUUUGAAGAAAACAAGGUUCCUAUACCUUUCCUAAUUAUGCUAAUUGCUCAGUUUGCAACAAUUGUUACUGAUAGAGCCUUAUACUUAAGGAAGUAUAUAUUAGGGAAGUUGAUUUUUCAAAUAAUAUCCGUUUUUGUUGUUCACAUGUGGAUGUUCUUCAUUUUGCCUGCUAUAACAUCUAGGGACUUUGUGGCAUCAAAUAACUUACCACCCAAAAUGUGGUAUUUUAUCAAGUGUAUUUAUUUGUUACUUUCUGCUCAUCAAAUAAGGUCUGGAUAUCCAACUCGCAUUUUGGGCAAUUUCUUUUGCAAGAAAUAUAACUAUGCCAAUUUGUUUCUCUUUAAAGGGUACAUGAUUAUUCCUUUCCUGUAUGAACUUAGAAGCCUCAUGGAUUGGAUUUGGACUGAUACGAGUAUGAAUAUAAGUAAUUGGCUAAAAAUGGAAGAUAUAUAUGCUAAUAUAUUUGUUCUCAAAUGUACACGAAGAGCAGAAGCUGAUUACCCUACACCUCGAGGUGCAAAACGAACUGCUCUUAUUAAAUAUGGUGUGGGAGGUUUCUUGCUCUUUUUCAUUAUACUUAUCAUUUGGUUUCCUUUGUUACUUUUUGCACUGGGAAAUACAGUCGGACGAACUAAUCCACCCAUCAGCUGUACUGUUGAGUUAUCCAUUACUGGUUAUGAACCAAUAUUCCGCACAACUGCUCUGAAGCACCAGAUUCACAGUUUUACUUCCAAUCAAUGGAACCAACUUGAAAGAGAAGUAGCCAACUUAGCAGAUCCAUCAACAACGAGUUUUUUAACUGGUUAUGAUAAAGAUGAUACUGUCAUUGUUGAACUCAGUAAUAAUUCUACCUCAGUAUGGACAAUUAGCCCUCCUAGUCAGAAUGCAUUAAUUGAGGAACUUCGAGGCACAAAUGAGCUCAAAAUGGUAUUAUCAUGGUCAUUCUUAAGAGAAAGAGAAACUCAAGCUACGGAACCAGAAGUAAAAGAUGAAAUAGAAUUAAAUUUGAAUGACACUGAAUUGAGGAGAAGUCUUGCAGAUGCUUUAAGUGUUAAUUCGGGCAAUUCAACAACUAUACAUGGAGCAUCUCCAGAAUCAACCACUAUCAAAGAUAUAUUUCCAAAUUAUGUGAAAAUACCUGGGAAAGGUACAGCAUCAGUGGUUAAGCAGUUCUACAACAAAGAAACUCAAAAAGGAAAGGAGUUCUUUGGAGCGUCUCCAUUCCGAAGCUUAAAUAUAUCCAUGUGGACAGGAGCUAUGUUAAAUGCAACAGCUAUGCCAAAUUCAUCUGUAGCACGUUACAUUGAAUGGUGGGAAGUUCAGGAUGAUUGCUCUCAUGGAAAACCGUACAGACUGGAGGGAAUUGAUAACUGUAACUUUUUGCGUCUCAUUGCAUUUAGUGACAAAGCUUUUCCAUCUGAAUUAUCUAUCAUUUCUGGAUAUGGAAUUGUUGGCUUAUACACCACAUUUGUACUUGUUGUGUCACGUCUAGUGAGAGGCUUUGUUGCUGGCACUUCAUUCACCAUUAUGUUUGAUGACAUGCCUUAUGUAGACAGAGUACUUCAGUUAUGCCUUGAUAUAUAUUUGGUCAGAGAAAGUGGUGAAUUUACUCUUGAAGAAGAUCUGUUUGCUAAGUUAAUAUUCUUGUAUCGCUCUCCAGAAAUGCUUAUCAAAUGGACAAGACCACCAGAACUUGAACCUGAAGUCGGUAGAGAUGAACGACAGUUACCUGGUGUACAACGAUAGCAUGCAGAAGAAAACAACGAUUUGUCUUUCAUUUUGAUAGCAAGUGCUUUAAUGAAGACUGACCAAGGAGCCUUGUAUGUGUGACAGCAAAUUAAUGGGAUGCAAUAUGUGCCAGAAUGGCAUUUUAACUAGUCAGAAAAGAAGAGUGAAUUGUAUUCUUUUUUUUUUUUUUUUCCUGAGAAUGAAAUUAAUUUUCUAUUUAGAUGUAUAAAUUUUUAGAGAAUCAUUCAACAUUUUUUUUACGUGAAUCAUAAUUGCCGUUGUUUAUUUAUAAACUAUAUGUUGCAUUUCUCUCUCAGUGCUCUGGACAUAUAAAUACAGUAUGUAGACAAAAACACAUCAUUUCUUUCUAGAAACACAAGCAUUUGAAGAGAAACAAACAUAUUUGUGAUAUUUAUAUCAAAAUUUAUAUUAAUUCUGUCCCAGUUUCAUUUUCCAAACCGUAUUCAUGUCAUUCAUAUAUUAAUGUUACAAAAAGCAUGAAAAAACUUAAUCAGAAAUUUAUUUUCUGUACAACUUUUUAAAUUGAUCUCUUUAGAUCUCAUAUUAAAUCAUUUAUUGUUUUGAAUUAAAAGAUUUAUUCUAAAUUCUGUACAUCUGUGCAUAAGUUUCCUAAUAAUUUUUAAGUAUGUAAUUUUUUUUAAUUCGGUUGGAAAUUCAAUGCUAGUUAGAUAACUGUGAUCAUCUAUUGAUCAGUAAUUGGUUUUUGAUCACAUUAUUAUAUUAAAAAAUAUUAAAGCUCUAUUGUGUUCGUUUUAUUUUUUGAAAUUGCUUAUAAUUGAUAUCAAAUUGGUGAUGGGAGCAUAUUGAAUACUUAUUUUGUUAAAAGUUUUGAUUGAAAAAUUAUGUUGUAUUAUUAUGUGUUUAUUUAUUUUUGUGAAGUUAAUAAUCAUUUUAGUGUAUAGAACUAUAUGUUAAAUAGUUGGUGCUUAACUGUAUUUGUGCAUUUAAACUUUUAAUGGUUAAUUUUUUAAAAAGUAAUUAUAGCACAAUAAUCACAAGCAAUAUAUAGAUAUAUAUUACAAUUAACUGUUAUGAAAUAUAUUUUUUAACUAGAAUAUUCCUUUGAAAUCUGUGCUGAAGUCUGGAUCAUUGUUAUCAUAUGCAUGAUUAUUUUUAUUCUGUUUAGUGUUUUUUUAAAGUGUAAAGAUCUUAUAACUAUUUUAUGUAAAUUCUUCAUAUACUUUGAUAUUUGAAUCAAAGUAUAUUUGUGACAUAAAUUAUUUUUGAUUAAAAUAAAAUUUCAUACAUUUUAAUGCAAGAAAACCUUAUCAAAUUAUUUAUUGUAUAUGUGUGUUUAAAUUUUUUAGAUGUUCAAAAUACGAUUUUUUGUUCUGUAAAAGAGAUUUUUCAAAUCUUCUUUGUUUUUAAUUGUUGACUAGAAUAUUUGAAAAAAAAAUAUGGUUUGCCUGGAAGGUGUGAGGAGUUUUAAGUGUUAAAUAAUAAGAUCUUAAUGUGAUUCUAAUGAGGAUAUAUUUGAGUCAGGGUAUGUUUGUAGCAAUAUAUAUAUAUAUAUGAAAGAAAUUAUUUCUAAUUUAUUUCUCUUCCCUAAUGUAUAGAUAGUAUUGUUUUUUUUCUAUGUUGUUAUCCCACUGUUAGUUUUCAGAGUUUAACUGCUUAAAAGUGCAUUCGAAUUUUUUUUGUUUACAUGUCACACCACUUGUUAUUUAAAAGUUUACUACAUCUGGUAUGUAAUUAUGUUUAUUCUUAUUUUUUAGUAUAACUAACGCUGUCUGUAAUAUGAAAAUAGCAAAUAUACAUAUAACAUAAUUUUAAUGAAUUACUUUAUGUGAAAUAUAUAUGCAUUUUGUUCCUCCUUUCUUUAAACCAUGCAAAUGAUUUAAUUGCUGAAAUUUCGACAUAAUUGCCUUUUUAAAUUUUUUGUCACUUCUGUUUUUAUUAGCUUGUUUCUAUUAGCUUUAAUUUACCCAUAAUCAAGUCAAUAUUAAAAUUUAAGUGGGCUAUCUCAUUAGUUUGUGAUAUGUUUUUAUACUUAAUGAAUAGAGCAGAAGAAAUGUAAUUAAAAAAAACUGAGUAAAAUAUUUGCUAAAUUUUAGUCUACCAAAAUAAAUAAAUAAAUAAGUGAUUUUGAUGCUAAUCUUCUGUUUUCAAUGGUCUAAUUUUUAUUUUUGAAGUAUUGUAUCAAUGCUUAAAAAUCCAUUCAUUUAAAAUCAAAUUUUUAUUGUCAUAAUAAAAAUGAGUAUUUAGAUCUGUGGCUGGAAAUUACAACAGUAAUGAAAAUUUCAUUUCUAAAUAAUGGUCAUCAAUGUUCAAGAGAUAAACUGAAUAAUGAUAUGUGGUGUAAUGUUUAUGUAAGUAUUAUCAUGCAAAAAAAUACUAUAUGAUGCAUUUUUGUGUACAGAUGGAUAAAUUUCUGAAGGGGAUAGAAUACUAUGCAUUAAACAUUUUGCUAUAAACUGUACAUAAUUAUGUAGCUACUCAUAUUUUGUAACUUUUUUACGGUUUAAAUAAAUUGCAAUAGUUCUGCUGCCUUUCUAAUAA